UUGUAUUUCCACACAAUGUUUCGAGAAUUAUGGCCUUCAUAAACAAAUUUUGUUUUAUGUGUUCGGUGCGGCUAGGUGCCAUAGUAACAGGAAUUCUCACUCUGGUGCAAGGAAUCGCUCUUCUCGGCGUAAUGCUCUCAAGCUUGAAUUCAAUGUCAACAGUCACUGAUAACAUCAAUGAAUGUGUGGAAAGUCUGCGUCUGGAAGGCCAGUUUUAUAGAGAUGUGGCUAAAGAUCCAAAAUUGGUGAUAACUGUGUCAUCGACGUUUUUUUCUUGUUUGAUAUGUUCAAGUUUAUUGUUGCUGUGGGGGUGUUUCCAGAUGAAGACCAUCUGCAUGUAUCCUUUUACAUUUUUUUAUGUGUUGUAUAUUUUCGGUCUCUUUGUUACUUUGCUCUUGUUGAUUUUUCUAGCGAAAGUCAGAGGACAUGGUCUCGGAGAUUUAAUUCUGUAUUCGAAUCUCGGAGGGUUCGUUUUGUGUAAGAAAGUUUGUUUGUGGUUUAUUAUUCUCAAUAAGUUUAUUUUAGUGUUUUAUUUGUACACUUGGGCUUGUGUCGUGAGCUUGAUUCAAAUAAUUAACGAACUGCGGCAGCGCCUACAACAAAAGCUUAAAGUAGUCGAAAAGAUGAAACUGUCCAAUAGAGUGAGAGUUUACAAUAAAAACAACACGAAAGGUUUUCCAAGUUAUGCUCAUUUUAAUUAAUUAUUUAUUUAUUAACAACACAGUAAUGAGGACUACUCAGAUGAGUCAGAUGCAAUGAUGAUUAAAAUGUAGACCGUUUGUAUUUAUUUCAAAACAAAUAUAUAAAGCAAUUAAUCACUUAUAUGUACUUAUUCGAUUCCACUAAUUUUCUAUAUUGAUAUGGCGUGUAAGCGUCAAUACUUAUUGGCAUUUUUUCUUGUCCGUCUUUCACUCCUCCGUCGCUGUCGUUUCUAUUUUCAGCGGAAUCAAAAGAAAAAUAUCUGAAAAUGGCAACCAUUU